GCGCGGCAGGUUUAAAUGUCCCACAUAUGCACAAAACAACAAGAAAACAACACGCCAACGAUAAAGCUAACAACAGUAACAGCUGUCUGUGCCGAAAAAACAACAAUUUAUCCAGUGACGUUCUUCACUUCAUUUGUUGAUUCUGUGGAGUGUAGCCGAGUCCGGGUAGUCAUGUCUCACUUCUACACCGAGCUAGAGAAGCUGACCAAGUUGGACGGUCCGACGGGCGGACCUGACAUGAGGUGGCAGAGGAAGGCCAAGGAAGUCAACGGCUGUGGGAAUGUAUCCAUGAACAAGAGUCUCAACACCAGCUCCAUGUCGCCCAUGAAGAUGUCCAACAGAUCUUUCAGUGUCGCCAAAACACCUUCGAAGACUCCUGGAGGAACCAUCAGAUCAAAAACACCGGGAAAAGGAAAAUCCAAGACCCCAACUCGGACCCCAGGUGGAGACCGCUUCAUCCCCAACAGGAGUGCCACCAACUUUGACCUGGGUAACUUCAAGCUCCAUGAUCAAUCCUGUAACAUGGGCGAGAACACCGACCCAUCCCUGAUGAGCCCUUCCAAGCUGGAGUAUCAGAAGGCGAUGUCAGAGAACCUGAACGGCGAUCUCAUGAAUGCCAAGAUCCUCUGCUAUAAGAACAAGCCUCCCAGUGCACCUGAAGGCUAUCAGAACAACUUGAAGGUAAUGUAUUCUCAUAACAAGACACCCGGUUCAACCAAGAAGCCUGUCAGACAUAUACCCCAGCAACCUGAACGCAUUCUAGAUGCCCCGGACAUGCUUGAUGACUACUAUCUCAACUUGUUAGACUGGAGCUGCCACAAUCACCUUGCCGUUGCCCUAGCCAACAAUGUAUAUCUGUGGAACGCAGCCAGUGGGGACAUCAAGCAACUCAUGCAGCUAGAGGGACCAGAGGACUACAUCAGUUCAGUCAGCUGGAUCACAGAAGGCAACUACCUGGCCGUGGGAACGAGCUCCGGAGAUGUUCAGCUUUGGGAUGUAGAGAGUGCUAAGAGGUUAAGAUGUAUGCAGGGACAUGCAGCGAGAGUUGGUUCACUCUCAUGGAAUUCUUAUAUCCUCAGCAGUGGUUCACGCAGUGGCAACAUCCACCACCAUGAUGUGCGUGUGGCCCAAUUCCAUGUUGGCACCCUGGCGGGCCACACCCAAGAAGUAUGUGGUCUCAAGUGGUCCCCCGACGGGCGGUACCUGGCCAGCGGUGGCAACGACAACCUUCUCAAUAUCUGGCCCACGUUCUCGGCCACACCCUGUAAUGUCCCCAUUUACACACUCAACCAGCAUCAGGCGGCAGUCAAGGCACUAGCAUGGUGUCCAUGGCAACCCAGUGUAUUAGCCAGCGGAGGAGGGACAGCUGACAGACACAUCAGAUUCUGGAAUAGCAACACCGGUUCUUGCCUCAACAGUGUCGACACCAAGUCACAGGUUUGCGCCCUCUUGUGGUCAAAAGAACAUAAGGAGUUGAUAUCAGCCCACGGCUUUGCUCAGAACCAGCUGGUCAUAUGGAAGUACCCCACCAUGGUUAGAAUAGCAGAACUUCUAGGUCAUACCUCACGCAUCCUCCACAUGUCCAUGAGUCCUGAUGGCACGACGGUCGUCUCUGCUGCUGCCGAUGAAACCCUGAGACUCUGGAAGUGCUUCGCCGUUGACCCAAAGACCAAGAAGGAGAAGAGCGCCAGCUCGACCAAGCUGCCCAGAAACAGCAUCAGCAAAAUGCAGAAUAUUCGCUGAAAAGCAAAGAAUGUAGAGACACUUGCGCUCAUAUCUGGGAGUGCGUUUGAAGCCGCUUGGGAAAAGAGUGGUCCUGUACUGGGCCGUUCUGGGUUCCACAUCUCUAAGGUCUGCACUCAAUCACUGGAUGUCAAUGGCUGGUUGAGAUUUUUGUUGCAUGUGCAUUUUGUUCAAACCACUGACAAUAAUUUUAAAAAUGAUGUGAGUCAUCAGGAUCAGUUCAUGAAAGGAACUGUCAGAUGUUUGAUCUGACAAUUCUCCUUAUUUCAUAUGGCCGAUACUCGGCGAUAUCAACUCUCGAUAUCUUGUUUUGCUGGGACAAGCACUUCCGGUAGCAGUACGCGCAGCAGCUGAUCAACACUACCAUUUACAGCCAGCUAGCUAGCUCAGGUGAUUGUGAAAGUGCAGAUUUCAUUGUUUCUCUUGUUCUUAAGAAAUUUUAAUUUGCUUGCACAAUCAUAGGUCCAUUUCAGCAAUGUGUUCCUUUGGGUGGGAAGCGGAGAUUAGCUGUUCGCAGUAGGAUGUACCCCUCACAGCACAUCCAGGUAAUUGAUAGGAAAUUUUUGCUAUGGAUAGUUGAUUUAUUGGCUGUAUAUGAUAAGGGAAUUACCACAAUAACCAACAUGCUUCUUAGCCAUUAAGAAUGUUGUCAUGUAAGGUGACAAACAUUGAUAAAACCUUCCCCGAUGACGCAAUAGUUUUCCUUCCAUCGCAUUGCGAUUUGCUCCACAUCUUGUUAUGACUGCUACACAAAAUUUCCUUUGUGUAGAAAUUAUUUUCAUAGGAUUGUAAUGAACAUGGAUGAAAGCUUUUCUCCAACAACUAUAAAUGCUAAUCAAAUUUGAGAAGUAAAAUUUUUUUCCUGCUUUUAAAACCCUCAUUUUUCUUUGAAAAGGAACAUAGGUUUUGAUCAGUGUCAUGUUGCUACUAUCAAAUAAGAAUUGAUGCUGUGCAUAAGCAAUCUUUUUAUCAUCCUUUUUAUUAUUAUAAAAGUUUGCCAGCAUAAAGUACCAAAAAGUGUAAUCGCUUUAUUGCACAAUAUUGUUCAUGCAGUGUUUCAGGAUAGAGGUUCAACAUGCAUUGGGUUAUGGUAUUUGAAUCAUGGUUUAUUAUUACUAAAUGUAGUUCAAACAUGCGCUAUAACAUAUUUAAUAUUUAUUUCCAAUUUUAUUGCCAAUUUAGUAUCCAUGUUUUACAAUGUUUUUUAUUAGCCACGUAUAUUUUAUUGUAAUCCAACAGAAAGAUUGUGGUAUGAUAUUUUUUCUCCUGAGUUGCAUUCUCGAGAAAUCAAUUUUCAUAUCUUUUAACAAAAAUCAUUUUAUGAAUUAUAGGAAAGAAGGUUUUCUUGACUCUCUUUUUAUUCAACUCGUUUUAACCAACUUAUCAUGUGUAUUUGUGUUAAUCUUUAAUCUCUCAAUUUUUUAACAAAAUGUUAGAUUCUAAAUUGAUUAUGAAUUCAUACACACUCCUAACAAGAUCCAAUUAAUAGGUAGAUAUACUAACAGGACUAUUAGACAUAUUUCUUAAAAUAUUUAUCAGCAAUAAUGCAGUUAAGGAGAAAACGUACAGGACUGUCGCUAUCUCCUUUUGACCAAUUCUCAUUACGAAAAAUGUAAAUAGAGUUCUGUAAAAAGCCAUGAUAUACAAAUAAUAGAAUGUACAAAUAAUAAUAUUUUGUAAUCAAAA